ACAAACUUGCGCUGAAGCAAGCCGUCGCAUCGCCACACACAACCCCAUACACGGUCGAACUAGCGCAUCAAUCACCCAGCAACCACAAUGGCGAACGGCUGGGCACCUAUCAUCGGGCUCAUAGUCACCGUCAUCUUCUGCGGCGCAGCGUGGUUCCUAGCUCCCAAAGGCGAAAACCAAACGGUCUGGCGAUCUACGCUCGUUCUGUCUGCUGCUGCCAUGUACAUCAUGUGGGCUAUUACUUUCCUCGCGCAACUCCACCCUCUUAUCUCGCCUAUCCGAGGCGACUUACGGCCAGAAUACAAUGGAGGACGCUAGCGCAUUACGUUUGUGGAUCAUAAAGGCGUGAGGAAUAUGCAUGUAACAACGACGGUUUGGGGUAGCCUACACCAGACGACAGAAAGCACCAAAGCAUAUACCGAAAGGAUGCAUCAUGCUGGAGCAACUGCGUACUGGCGAACUACAUCUAGUGUCGUUGGCUAUGGGCAACCAAAGCAGUGCAUUGAUGAACAUUUAAGCGCAUGUGUACAAUUGGUUUGGCGUAUUACGGAGCUUCUUGGCUUGUACAAAUAUCAAAUGGG